AUGACGUUUACUGCACAGAAAGCCCAUUGGCAAAUUGCCACAUACACUUUGACAGCCGUCUCCGUUGUUCUCUUCAUCACCCUGCUGGCAGUGUGGACAACUAAGGACAGACAACUCAGGGAUCAGUUUGUUCCUCCAUGUGCAGCAAAUAAGCAACACAGAGCACCUCACCGUGCCUGGGAACAGACCAAAUCUGGUGUUUUGUCGGAGCUGACGCCGUCGGAAAUUCAGUCAGUUUUGACAUAUUUGUUCACGGUUGAGUCAUUAGCGCUUACAUCUCCGGAUCGGAUAGACUUGAAUUCCAGUUUUAUUUUCUACGUUCAACUGAAGCGUCCAGCUAAAGCGGAUGUGCUGUCUUACCUGGACCAGAAUGGAACUAAGCCUCGCCGUGAGGCCUCUGUCAUGGUAUUCCGUGGCGACCUGGAGACACCAAUCGUGGUAGAGUACACCGUUGGUGUGUUGCCUAGUCCAACCUACUGCCGACUGCUGAAUGCCCCGGGGCGCCGCAAUCCCGUGCCUUACCAUUACCGCCCAUUCACUAUCUACGAGCUGAAGAACUUUAACAAGUACAUUAUCACCAGUAUCACGGAUGUGGCCAACGACGUGCUGCUGGAUAGCUACAAUGCUUCGCUUCUCAACUGCGGCUCCCAUUGCCUCAGUUACUCAGUCACUCCGGUUUCUAGUGCUUACCUUCCUCGUGGUCAGCGCAUGUCAUGGUUGUCUUUACAGUACAAAACAAAAUCGUCCUCACUGCAUCCUGUGGAUUUCCAAAUGUUGAUCAACGUGACGAGUCGGCUUCCAGAAGAAUGGAGCAUCGCACAGAUUUGGUACGCCAACCAGCUGUUCAACUCCUUGGACGGGUUUGUCCAGCAAUACAAAGACGGAGUCAUAAACAAGAGUCGAUUUAAAUUUCCCUCGGAGGAGUCAUCGUUUGGCACCAUGGGGUUAAGUGACGACCCUUACCCCGAGGACGGCUCCCGUGGACCCCGGCAGUACUCCCCAGACGGCCCUAGGUACAGUAUUUACGGAGACAAUAUUCGCUACAUGCGCUGGAGUUUUAACUACAGUAUGUCACCAAGCCGCGGAAUUCAGUUGUUCGACAUUAAGUUCCAAGGGGAAAGGAUCGUGUAUGAACUGAGCAUGCAGGAGAUUGUCGUGCUAUAUUCCGGACACAGCCCGGCAGCCAUGUACGCUUACUACGUGGACGGAGCAGGCUUGUUCGGUAUGAUGUCCAAAGGUUUGGUGCCUGGCUAUGAUUGUCCCAGUCAAGCCUCUUACAUAGACACUUACAUGUACAAUUCUAAAACAGGAAAAAGCUCCACUUUUCCGAAUACUAUAUGCCUGUUUGAGCAUAGCAAUGAGACGCCAUUGCGGCGACAUAAACCAUCGAGACAUUCCAGUAAUAUUUAUGGUGCUUUGAAUGACGAUGUCUUGAUCUUUCGAAUUAUUAUUUCCGUUGUAGGGUACGACUAUGUAUACGACUUUAUCUUUCACCUGAACGGUGUGUUGCAGGUGCGCGUAUCUCUCUCUGGCUACCUGACCACACAUUUCUAUUACCCCCAGGAAGACUUCUAUGGCACUAAACUGACUGACACCGUGGUUGCUGGCCUUCAUAAUCAUCUGUUCCACUUCAAAGUGGACAUGGACAUCAAAGGUGUUGCGAAUAGAUUUCAAACUUUAGACAUCGACAUCGAAAACAUAACAGUUCCGUGGUCGUUUCAGAAAGAAGGGCGUCAUGUACAAAAACUGAUGACGCGGAACUUAAAGAACUGUGAAAAGGAGGCUGUCUACAAAUAUGAUUUCGAACAGCCCAAAUAUUUGUUAUUUUCUACCAAACCCCAGGCCAUCGGUGAAAAUCCUAAAUCGUAUCGCCUGUUAAUAAGAGGCAUGUCCAAAUCCUUGCUUCCGGAAGGUUACGGCUUUGAGAAAUCGGUGCCAUGGGCCAGGUACCAGGCUGCUGUGACAAAACAGCACGACAGCGAGGACACCAGCACCUCUGUGUUCUCCAUGUGGGAUGCUCGAGACCCCGUAGUCGACUUCCAAUCCUACAUCGAUGAUGAUGAGAACAUUGUGGAUCAGGACUUGGUAGCAUGGGUCACGUUGGGCACCCAGCAUAUCCCUCACUCUGAGGAUGUCCCUAACGCGGCCACAGCAGGUAACCAGCUCAACUUCUUCCUCCUGCCCCACAACUACUACAGACAGGACCCCAGCUUGGCUGUUAGGAACGCCAUCCAUGUCGUCCCCCAGGACCCCCGCCAUCCAGAUAUAGGUGUCCACGUGGAGACUAACGGGAUAAGUCGAGACGUCCACUGCGUGCCUCCGCAGUACAACAGCAUGAACAUAUCAGAGAUAUUCAGGUAACUGCUGGAUCAUGUUAGAAUCAUUUUGGUGGUCAAGCAAAUAUUGUUCCAAAAUAACACACUAGAGGAUUUUGCACAAACACAUUCGCCUGUGGAAAGAUCUGUGUCUAAUUUUUUAAAACCAAAAUUAAAACAAUCAUGAAAAGCCUUCGAUACGCCAAAGCUGACGGAAAGGGUAGAUUUAUCCUGCAUAAUAUCCAUCUUCUCCUGAGACAGAGAGCCAUAAAAUUUGUGUCUCAGUCUCAUAUUUGCUUAGGAAUCCAUAUAUACAUUUAGAUGUAAAAUAUCUUUAAAUGUUUUUAUCUGUAAAUAAUGUGAAGUUGUUAAUAUCUACAGAGCUCAAUUUAUUUGUAGAGUAAAUGGUAAAUCUCCAAGAAUUUAUAGUUUGUCAUCCAGUUUGUCUUACCUUAUGCGCGUUCUAUAUGCGGAUUUGCGAAAGUUGAGAAUUAGCGUCACGAAUUCCUUUAGGUUUCUUAAUUUAUUUUUAUCAGUGUGUGGCACCGUACUCGAGAUUGUCCCUUAGCCACGUAUCUGACAAUCCUCCUGUCUUAAAGUGUAACAGCUGAAAAUAGCUGUUAUGAUAAACACUGCGCGGCUGUCAAAUAUAAUUGUAAAUAACGACUUAAAUACUUAUGGGACACACAAAUAUUUAACGUAUCAUAAUAUUACGGUGCAUCAAGCUGAUCAACUAAUAAACCCACAAAGCAGUCGAUGUUAGGAUUUUUCCAUUUCUAUGGAUUCUGCAAACGUGUCACACAAUGUCGGUAUACAAUUGAUAAAAGGGAUAUAGAAUCAAUGUUGAUUGGCUGACAGUGGAGAUAAUGUUUCCUGUGUUAAACCCUGCAUGGACUGAGCUUGCCUAUCACUCACACAGGCCAUUCAGAAUCGAUUCUGUAUCCCUUUCAUUCCCCAAAAGACGUUCAUUCCGAAAGAUUGUCUUCGUACACAUCUAUGGGCUGUUCCAGGGUUGUCGGCUAGCCGUAUUGUAACAUGCUAAAAGUGAUAAAUCAAACUUAGUAUACACUAACGGAUGUGAUAUAUUGCUCAACGACAUCGCAGUAUAUGGGGAAAGUGUACAAAAUGGAUUAAGCCCCGAUCACAACACUGAGAACAAUAUGCCAUAGCUUGUAAAUAGCUGAUUUUUGUAUUCAACUAAUUCGUAUGUUAUUAAUGAUAUUUCUAUAUUAUACCUUAAUGUCUGCAUUAAAACUAAAACUAUGUAUCUGCACUGUGUUUUUUGUUUGUUUGUUUACGGUUUGCCUGUUCACAUUUUUUCCCUCAAUAAACCUUCAUGUUAGUGCUCGUUGGACUAC